UCAUAGUUGGUGUUUGUACCUGCGGGGAGAGGGUUCAGUCAUAUUUGUGUCGCUCCUGUGUUUGUAACGCUACGUAUGCCAUCAUUCAGUGGCACGACAGGCGAUCAAUAAUGCUAACAUCGCUGUAAAGUCCAUGUGGUUGUAUUUUUACGGCAGCUAGCUCAGUAAUAACACUCUGUUUUGCACUAGAGAUGCUCCUUUUGCUUGUCUGACCUUUCUAAGUAUAUCAGAACAUCAUCACUGGAGUUGUAAAGAUGUGUUGCUCAAGGACACUUCAGUGAGGUUGGCGCUCUUUGCUGACAACAUGAAAUACAGUGUCCCCUCUGUAUAUGCUUUAAAGAGCUGCUGUGCUGCCAAGAAGGUUGACAUUGAAUUGUUUACCCCAUCUUUCAUUGGCUGCUGCUCCAGCCUGACCUGCUCCAGCUGCAUCUGAGUGGACAUCACACCGACCAAACAGUAGCACAGGCCCGAGUCCCAUGAGACACAUGAUUGGUUAACCAGUGACCAUAUGUACAGGCUGCCGACUGGAAGCUGGAUGCUCCUGACUGGACGGGACGCAUGCGCCUGACGGCUCGCGGCAAAGUGGUCUACGUGAAAUUGGAAGACAAAGCCUCUGGGGAGCUGUUCGCCCAAGCACCAGUGGAUGAGUUCCCUGGCAUCGCAGUGGAAACUGUUAGUGACUCAAGCCGUUACUUUGUGCUCCGUAUCCAGGAUGACAACGGCCGCAGUGCGUUCAUAGGCAUUGGCUUUGGAGACCGAGGCGACGCCUUUGACUUCAAUGUUGCGCUCCAGGAUCACUUCAAGUGGGUGAAACAGGAAGAUGAACUUAAGAAGCAGGCACAGGCUCCAGAUCUUACUCCUAAAUUGGACCUGGGCUUCAAAGAAGGACAGACCAUUACUCUAAAUAUUGGGCAAUCAAAAAAGAAGGACAGGUCUCGUCCCCAAAGUUCAGGAGGCUUUGGGCUUCUUCCACCUCCUCCUGGGGGCAAGUUAGCCCCACCUCCUUCAGCCAGAUCUACCAAUCAUAACACACAACCACCUGCAGGAGGAAGUGACACUGGUGUUUUGCUAGACUUUGACUCCAGUAACUUCAACUCAGCAGCUCCGUCCAACCCCACCACCACAGCCGGCUCUGACCUGUGGGGAGACUUCGACUCUGUAUCGAAGUGAGGAGAGAUUCAGUUUGUUUUUCUCCCUCCUGUCUCUCUGUAAAUUUAUGCAGCACUUUUGCAACAUUGUUUUCCCCAUCAUGGGGUCCUGUAUGUCUCCCUGCCAAGCGGGAUAACCCCCCGUACCAGUUUGUUUUACUUUAGUUCCGUUCCUCAUUGCUUUUUGUAUUAAGACAGAGAUACAUCCAGACCUCAAAGUCCAGUCUUAAUUAGAGAGAUUUCAAACUUUACCCCAACAACUUUAUCUCCCUAUCCUUGUUGGGGGUCUUCUUUCUUCUCCCUUUGUGUAUCCACUCUCUCUAGUUUACUAAAAUUCUGCCUUUGCCCCUUUUCUUUUCCUCUCAGUGUUUUAUUUGCUUAUUUCUAUCGUAGAUUCUACAUAAUUAUGAUCAAGGGAGACAUAAUCAGAAACUUCUGAUGAUGAAAUCUAGAAAGAUAUAAUGAAUUAAUGAAUUUUAUGUACAGAGAAUAUUUAUUUUAAAUGUAUAUAUUGUCUGUAGUUUGUAAUUAUUGUCACUGGUGUUGUCACCUGUAUGUACUGUAGCUUAUAUUCCUCCAAGUCCCCCGCAGUGGGACUGACUAUAUGCACUGACUGGCAGUCUGGUCUGUCUAUAGAGUUAGUAAUGCAUAAAUUCUGCAUUUAACGCAGGGAUUGUUCAAAUUUUAGACUUAGGUUUUAGAGAAGUUUACCACAAAAUGAUUUUACUUGAAAAAGGCGUAUUAAGCUGUAGCUGAUUUGCAGGCUAGUUCUGCUCUCUAGCACUCUCUAGCGGGCUCUUGAGGCUUUACAGCGCCAUUUUAAGAGAGAUGUCAAAUUGAGCUGCAGCUGUUGAACGCAUAUUUCACUGGGGAUGGGUCCUGGGCACUGCUCGCACUGUUUUAACUGUAGAUCAGUACAAAGAGAUGGGGGAAGUAGGAAUGUUGGAUGCGUUUGGGUGUUACUAAAAGAAAGGGAGGCAUCAAGUGCUUUUAUCUUUGCCUCAAAGGGAAACCGAGAUGAUUUAGUCCAUGUUAUGUCAUCUCUACUCAGCACAGCUGUUAAAGCUGUGACUGGUGACUCAUUUAGGUCGUGACCUCUCUGCUGCUCAAUGAAUAGGUCUGUGUUUCUGUGGAGAGCUUCAUCUCCGUAAUUCUUUAUGAGAAGGUGACCUCAACCGCAGCAUGUCGUACUGUACAAAUUUAAAAAAAAGUUUUAACUGUGAACUUAAAUUCCAUGUUAAGAUGUGAUGUUAUAAACGGUAUUCUGAUGCAGACGAACGCAGUGUGGGACCAAGCUAGUCUGUGUUUGAUGCAGUGUUUUGUUGUGAUAUUGUUACAUGCCGAGAGAUGGAUUAUGGUGCACUGGUAUCUGAUGCACGUGCGUGGUGACAGAUGACUGUCACAAGGUGGAUGUUGAUUGGAACACACAGAGGUUGUGUGAGUGUAAAGCCCUACCGAUGUUUGUCAGUGUUUGUUUAAAUUAUAUGCAUCUCUCCCAAAUGUUACUUGUUAUUCAAACUGUAUAUGUGUAUGGAAAUGUAUAUGGAAGUGAAUAUGCAAAGAAACACAUAAAGAUUUCACUCAAUGACUGUAACUUUCA